GCACUUUCAGGCUGAGUCCAGCUGUGAUGCACAUCUGUUCCCCAGAGAAGGCGUCAGUUUUUCAUAGGCACUUUGCAAAACCAACUGGUUUGAAAAAAAAAAUGAAAGGAAUGGCACGUGCAGAUGAUUUUCAAGGCCAGGAUUUCCUCAAGAAGAGGAAGAAGAAGAGAAAACACAAGGAGUGCAACAGCCAGCGUGGGAAUGAUGGGAGUGGGGGUGACCCGGAGCUCGGGCGAGCUUCCCCUCUGCUGUUGGAAAACGCGGCAGCGCAGGGUGAGGAGGGCAGCAAGAAGAAGAAAAAACAAGCCCCAAACAAGGGGAAAAAGCAGCAGCAGGCUUCCAUAGCUGAUUAUUGUGUGAGAAUGGACCAGGAGAUUACCAAUGGAACAGGAGUGGAGGCUCCCCAGAAGCAGAGAAGGAAGCAGGAGUGCAGCGAGAGCACGGACGAGCAGAGCGAUGUCACCUGCGUGCUGGUGAACCAGCACAGCCCCGGGGGCUGCCAGGACAGCACUAUGGAUUAUGUGUACAUCAAAAAAUCCUCCAAGAAGAAGAAGAAGAAGAGGAAAGCAAAGCUGCCUGAGGCGGGUGAGGAGCACGAGGAGCCUCCCUCCCAAAGAGGCAGCGAGAACAGCAGAGAGAAACCCAAGAAGAAGAGGAAGAAGAGGAGAGGCAGCAGUGCCCAGGACGGGCAGGAGGACACAGAUGGAGCUGCUGACCAAUCAUCUCCAGGGCGAAACAGGCCAGCAAGGGACAAAGGGUCAUCUUUACCUGCCAAGGAGGAGCAGAGGCACAAGGGUGGUGACUCUGAUGCUGCUUCUGCCACCAGUGAGCUCUCAGUGGAGGUGCCUGCUGGUUUUUCCACACCCAGUAAAGCACCUAAUCAAACUCAGAAAACACCAGGAUAUGCUAAAAAGACAAUUAAAAGCAGCGCUUUAGUCUCUGAAGAAAGUUCUUCAGACUCAGAUGAGAUGACCCCAGAACCCUCAGCAUCAAAUAAAAAGAAGAGCCAGAACGGCUCCUUUGCUGAGAUGGCAGCCUCUGAUGAGGUGAGUGUGGAUGAUGAUGAAUACGUGGACUCUGUCACGUCUUCAUUCAUGGAUUUGGACACUGCCAGGCAAGAAUUGAAAGAGUUCAUUCCUCACGUGGAGAAUAUCUCAGAUGGUUCCAUCAAGAAGAUGGUUGGAAGAGACCUGCCAAGGUUUAAAGAGUUUAAAAAACAAGGUGUUGCUGUCAAGUUUGGCAGAUUUACCCAGAAGGAAAACAAUCAAAUCCGGAAAAACGUUGAAGAAUUUUUAUCCAUCAGUGGGAUAGACAGUGCUGAGAAACUCCUGUUCACUUCCAGGUAUCCAGAAGAUAAAGAAACCAUCAAUCGCCUCAAGACAGAGCACGAGUUCUGUACGAAAAUCUCUGAGGGCAUACCUCGACCCUGGAGGCUGAUAUAUUACAGAGCAAGGAAGAUGUUUGACCCCAAUAAUUAUAAAGGAAGGUACAGUAAGGAAGAAAAAGAACAAUUAAAGAAGUAUCAGGCUAUGCAUGGCAACGACUGGAAGAAGAUUUCUGAGUUGAUGUCCCGUUCUAACCUCUCAGUUGCUAUGAAAUUCUCUGAAAUCAAGUCAGCUAUUAAUUACGGUCCUUGGAGAAAGGAAGAGGUCCAGAAGUUGAAGCAUGCAGUGAAGGAAGUGAUAAGGAAAAGAGUGGAACAUGGAAGAUCUUCCUCACUGGAACAGCCAGACAGAGAUCUCUGGGUUGACCGCGAGAAACUGUGCCAGCACCUACCAUGGACUGAGAUUGAAACCAAAGUGGGGAGUCGAUACUGGAGACAAUGUAAACAGAAAUGGAAUUCAAUUCUGGUAGAGAAGAUGUCCAAGGGGCAGCAGUUAGAUAUAUGGAUCAAGAGAUUACAGAACAAGAUCACUCUCAUUAAAAGGCUGUAUGAAAUGAAAGUGGAGGAUGCCAAUGAAGUAAACUGGGAAGAACUCUGUGAUGCUAUUGGAGAUGUCACUGGAGCCUAUCUCCAAGCCCUGUUUUAUAGGCUUAAAGUCUCCUUUGUCCCUUUUUGGCAAAAAAAGACUUUUCCUGAAAUUAUGGAUUUUCUGUUUCAAUACAAGCUCCCAGAAUUAGAAGAACAGUUAAGAAAAAAGCACCUCAGUUCUGAUGAUUUAUCAGCCAGUCAGGAGAAAAAGGCUUUCCGACUCAGUGACAUUUUUGACUCCGGUGAAGAGAGUGAUUAAAUGGGACUGUCCUAAAAGCAACUCCUCAUUUGCAUUUUAAACUGCAGAUGGAUCUGGUUGAGAGUGGGUGCAGCUCAGCAACUGCAGGUACACAGGCUGUGGAGUGAUGGGAAAAGUCAAGAUGGGCACGUCUGAUUUUCUUCUUCCAUGUUGAAGACAGUUCAGUAGAGCUUUUGAGCCACUUUUUAUUACUUUCAUUUAGUUCUGGGUUUAGAAGCCUUCAUUGCUUUUUAAAUGUCUUAACAUACGAUUUUUUUUACUGAUUUGUUUCCUGUGAAAUUAAAAACUGCUGUUUUCCUUUGAUGAAUAAACUUGGUUUUCAGAACUUUAUUUUUUUAAAGUUAUUUAAAAUUCAUGUCAUGGGAAAAAGACUUUCAAUUUGGUUUUAAAUCUCUGUAAUAACCAAAUCUUGAAACGUCUGUGUUGAUGGAAACAGCACAACUUUUGAGGUUUUUUUUUUUAACAGGUAUAUCUUGUUCUUAAAAGCACCUGAUUUUAUUUUUGAUGUAGAUUUACACUUUUCUCAACCCUCCCAGA